AUGUCGACUAGUUUUAAAGGUGUCCAGUGGGCGAUAGGAGGCAAACAUGAAAACCGAAGAGACACUGAGGGCAGUGCAAAAGUUAUUGUGCUAAAAUACACCAACCAAGAAACUUCAGUGACAAUUGGGGAGUCUGUACGUGACGAAGAUGUCUUCAUCAUUCAAUCUGGCUGUGGCGAAAUCAAUGACAAUCUUAUGGAACUCCUCAUCAUGAUUAACGCAUGCAAAACAGCUUCGGCAAGAAGAAUAACAGCAGUGAUUCCAUGUUUUCCGUACGCUCGGCAGGAUAAAAAGGAUAAAUCACGGGCACCAAUUACGGCGAAAUUGGUAGCUAAUAUGUUGAUAGUAGCUGGAGCUAACCAUGUGAUCACAGUUGAUUUACAUGCAAGUCAGAUUCAGGGAUUUUUUAACGUUCCGGUAGACAAUUUGUACUGCGAGCCAUCGAUGUUGAAAUAUAUUAGGACGAAGAUACCGAAUUGGACCAAUGCAAUUAUUGUGUCACCUGACGCCGGUGGAGCUAAGAGAGCAACCUCAAUCGCCGACAGACUUAACCUCGACUUCGCUCUUAUUCACAAAGAACGCAAACGCGCCAACGAAGUCUCCCGUAUGGUUCUUGUAGGCGAUGUUCGAGGAAAAGUUGCUAUUGUCGUUGAUGACAUGGCUGAUACGUGUGGAACGCUAUCUAUGGCAGCGAAAACAUUGAAGGAGAAUGGUGCCACUAAAGUAUAUGCUAUAGUUGCACACGGUAUUUUAUCAGGGAAGGCUAUAGAUGUUAUUAAUAAUUCGGUAUUGGAAAAACUGGUGGUGACAAAUACAAUACCACACGAGGAUAAAAAGGCUAUCUGCAAGAAAAUUGAUACUAUAGAUAUUUCACCUACUUUGGCAGAAGCUAUACGGCGAACUCACAAUGGCGAAUCAGUCUCCUUCCUAUUCUCUCAUGCACCUGAAUAA